AUGGGAGCUGGCUGGAGCUGCAGCUUGGAGGAUACCUGGACCGCCUUCUCGCCGAAAAUAUCCUUGGAGAACUGGGCCCGGCAGGUCCUCUCCCAGGACCCGCCGUGCUUGUCACUGCAGGGCCAGAUGGAUAGCAGUGCGCUGAAGGAUUGCAAAUGUUCUGGUGAAAUGCACGCGGCCGCCAAGGCACAGGUACAGGCACACUUUGCGCGGCAGCUGGAGAAGGACAUCAGCACUGUCAAAGGAGAGCACGUGGCAGUGAAAGACUCUUUGCUCAACAGUCUCUUCGAGACCCUCCUGGCGAAGGUGAGAUACCCUCCGAGCGACUUCGCCGGUCUCAGCUUCAGCUGGCGGCUCCGGAAAUUGCCUGACGCGAAGUCACUGCCAUGUGUGGCGCCUUCGGCGCUGGUGGGCGCGGUGCCUGCCAGACCUUUUCGCCUGCUGAACAACGCCAACGACGCCUCGGCAGAGCAGCCACCGCACUUCUUGCAACACCCUCUCAGACCCGAGCAGCAAAGGUCGCUGCAAUGGAUGUUGGCGCAAGAGGCUGACUCGGAGCCCUUCGUCGUAGAGUGGAUCCGCUACUGGCCGACUUUCGGAGGCGGCCAUCUGGAGGUAGACGAAGCAUCCCGCUUCGUCGUGGGUGCCGCCGUGCAGCUGUCGGAGAGCGCGUCAGGUCCCUUCUUGAACAACUACGGGACGCAAGUUUCCAAAGAGUCCUUGCAAGGCAUCGGCAAGAUCACCCAUGACGAGGGGGGGAUGAGGACGAGUACGUCCUACAAGUGGGUACGCUUCCGUGACACUACCGUGCGGUGCUUCGUUCAGGAGCUGACUUUCGCGGACUCUGGCGCCCUCCUUCCUGGCUGCAGAGUCAUGCUCCGCCCUGGCUUGAAGGCACCUGCUUUUGGCUGGGGAGGCGUCGAUCCGUCCAUGACCGGCAUCUUCUUGAAGCAGGAUGGUCCCAACGUCAGGGUCAAGUGGCCGACGCACGAAAACUGGAAGGGCAAGCAAGGGGAGGUGGUGAGGGUCGAUGCAUCUUCUGGGCAGAGGCCGCCGAUGGUGCUUGACCUGCGCCUCUGCGCCGCCUACACCGUGCGUGGUGGCAUCCUGGCAGACAAGAUCGGCUACGGCAAGACCGCCACUAGCAUUGCACUCAUCGAUCGGCAGCUUCGGGCGCCAGUCCCACCCGUCCCCUCAGUGGACGAGGGACGCUUCUUGCCUGCCCAGGGCACGUUGAUCAUUGUUCCGUCCAAUCUCUUCGAGCAGUGGAUCAAUGAGAUCUCCAAGUUCGUUUGGGACGGACGGCCGUUGAGGCAACAAAUGAGAAGUGGCUGGUCUCCACGGGAGUGCCCGCUCAAGAUCUUUGCCAUGUCGAAUGUCGCCCCACUUUCUCGCUGCAAGGCUUGCGACAUCAGCAGUGCGGACGUGGUCAUCUGCUCCUAUCGCUUGCUGUACUCACAGAUCUACCUGAAGCGCCGCGAGGAGCUCAGCGGCAACAGCUCGCUCUGGAACCUCCCGAACCAAGUUCGUGGUCUUCUCCAAGGCCGUGUACCCCUGCGGAGCGGCAGGAAAGGCAAUGAGAUGGUCUGGAAGUGGCAGGAUUUGGAGUUUCCCGUUCUAGAGAUGUUCUACUGGAAGCGGAUCAUCUUCGAUGAGUUCCACGAGCUCGAGAGCUUCGAAAGCACGCAGCAGAACAGCCUGCAAUUCUUGCGGUCGCAUUUCCGCUGGGGUUUGACGGGAACACCUCCGAUUGAUACCAAUGCAGGUGCCAUUUUCAUGUCCUCCCUGUUCCGUGUAGAUCUUCCUGGCUACAUCGAGACCGGUGGCGAGAUCGACCUUCAGAGUUGGGAGUUCGACAAGCUUCUCACGGAGACGGCUGGCAACUUCCUCGACGUCUUCGUGCGGCAGAACACGGCAGAACUUGCAUCGAUCCGGCUCCAGGAGCACGUUGUCAUUGUGCGGCACACCGCUGCUGAGAGAGCCCUCUACUUGGGCCAGGCACACGAGGCACCGGACUUUCAGAGCAUGCGUGCCGCUGCCUUCCAGUCGCAGGACGCGGUGAGCGCCCUGGAGCGGCUGCUGAAGCUCUGCUCCCACUUCCAAGUGGGCGGCGCUGGCGAAGUGGGCAGCGCCCACCAGGAGUGCGAGCGGAUAUACGAUCAGAAGGAGCGGCGCCUGGUGCGAGCCAGGAACCAAAUGAGGCGCUGCUGCCGCGUCCUGGCUCUGCUGCAGCAUCUGCUGCCCAAGUCCGCAAAGGCCAAAGAGGCCAAAGCAUGGCAGAGCCUCCUGGAAAAGGCCAAGGAGUCCUUUCGGGUCAGCGCCGGCGAGGCGGCGAAGCCUUUCUGCGAGGAGCUGGACCGGGAGCUCCUGGCGGCAGAGCGCGAGGACUGCCAAGAGUGGCCCCGGUACCUCGAUGGCUACAAGCCCACGGGCAGCGAGGAGCUGUUGCAGUUCUUGGGCCCGGAGGGCCCGAAGCGAGGUUGCUUUGAAGAGUGGAAGGGGAUGCUAGAGGGGCCGCCAAUCGAGGCCAAAGCCCUGGAGCGGCUGCUCUUGGCCCAAGCCAACGAGCAGGCGCAGAACCUCCGUGAGCUUCAUGAAGCGGCCACCUCCAUGGACUUCUUCCGUCGCACUGUUGCUGCCCUUGGAGGAACCAAGCCGGAGGAUCGGAGCUGCUCCGUCUGCCUGGAAGAGAAUCUGCCGGCCCAGAAGAUGGCCAUCACCCCCUGCGCCCACGCCUUCUGCAUAAAUUGCCUCCGCGAAGCAGUGGAGAAGUUUGGCAGGUGCAGCUUGUGUCAACGGAGUCUGUCUUUGCGGGACGUGCAGCCAUUGGUUGCAGAGAUAGAGGCUGCUGCUGCUCCACCAACUGCUAGUGAUGAGUCGGCUGCGACGCCGAUGCCUCCCGCGGCACCAGGUGUGCCACUGGACAAGUACGGCACCAAGCUCGCAUCCUUGGCUCGGAAGUUAUCCGAGCUCCGUGCGGAGGAUUGCAGCGCCAAGGUCAUCCUUUUCGUGCAAUUCGACGACCUAAAGCGCAAGGUGUGCUCGGCAUUGACAGAGUUCGGCAUUCCCUGCACGAUGCUGCAAGGAGGUGUGGGUGUGCGUGCCGGGAUCAUCCGCGACUGGCAAAGCAAUCCCCAGUCGCGCACUUUCGUCCUUUUACUCUCCUUGGCGCAGAGUGCCUCAGGUACGAAUUUGACGGCAGCCAGCCACGUGAUUUUCUUGCAUCCGAUGCUGGCGCCCACGGCGGAGAAGGCUGUUGGAUACGAGAUGCAGGCUAUCGGCCGAGCCCGGCGCCACGGGCAGCCGCGGGACACGGUGCAUGUCUGGCGCUUUGUCACUGCCGACACAGUGGAGCAGACGAUCACAGAGGAGCAUCAGGCCCCCAGAAACCAUUCUCCAUCUUGCCGUGCGUGCGCGCGCACGUGGGUGGGUGGGUGGGCGGGUGGGUGGGCGGGUGUGUGUGUGUGUGAGAGAGAGAGCCCUGAUCAUUCGCUAAGGGUUUCUGAAAUACAUCUCACCAACAUUUUCGAAAGCAGCACCCGUCCAACCAAGCUAUGGCAAAUCAGUGGAAGCACUUGGGGACGCUCGAGUGUGUACCUGCGAUGUACAGACUGA